CUCUAUGCUUGACGAUGUUUUCUUCAUUGUCCGUAAAUGUGUUCGACGUUCCCUGAGUUCAUCCUCAGUUGAUUGUGUAUGCGCAGUGUUGAAUAAUGGUGCCGGUUAUCCGGGCGCUGGGUGGACUGCAGAGGCGUACCAAACAGCGCAGACAGCCUAUAACGUUAUACAGCAUGGAAAAACAGUUGCGGAUGCUGGUCCUGAAAAGCAAAAAGAGAUUUUCAUAACAGCACUGAACAAUGUUCGGGCUUCUGCCGAAUGUACAAAAACGCUGAAGAAAGGGCUGUUGAGUGAAGUUGAGAAAGGGAAACUGGAGAAUGCUGUUAGUCAGCUGGACGACUUGGUACGAAAGUUUGACAGCUCCGCGAAUGUUGGCGUUGACAAAUUAUGUGCAGCAGCAUUUCGGCCAAAGCUAAAGUCGAGCAUGGAACUUUAUUUGAAUGUGUCUCAUACGCCGUCUGAUAGUGAAUUCGCGGAUUUUGAAGCUGACGAUCCGUUUAUGGAAAACUUCAUUGCAACACUGGAUCGACAUUUGGCAUCAUUCGAGCCUUUACUUAUUUCUGUUAAUUAUACCAUAGUGUCCUUAAUAAAUGUGGAUAGCGUUGGCGAAGCGGAGGAGUGUUUCCAGCAGUUACAGCACCACAUUCGAAUGCUAACAAGUGAGGAGGCAAUGAAAGUUCUUGUUCUGAGAAUUGAUUUGCCUUCCGAUGCCAUCAAAAAUGCGUCCUUUUAAUU